ACGAGUUGUCCGCUCAACGAAAGAAGCUGCUAGCUAACUCCAUUAAUGCUUCUUGACGCCGAAGUACAAAAACACAGUAUUAAAAAUGACCAAACUGCAGCUUUUGCACCGCGCCCUAAACGAGCGUAUGAUGGCGGCGGUGGAGCAGAUCAUGGAAAUGGUCGGCGGUACCGUGCAGGAAUACGAGGAGGAGACGAUGCGGGUGCGGAAAGAAAACGAAGUUCUAAAACGGAGGCUACAAUGGAUGGAGGAGACAAAUCGAGCCGAGUGGCCAGGCCCAAAUGAACCUGGUAGGCUUUACACCCAAGACGAGUUGAAUCCAUCCCAGCAGGAGGCGUGUGCUGUUAGCUUUGAAUUUGGACAGGAAUCACAAGGCAUAGUGAUCAAAACAGAGUCUACUGAUCACUCCCUGUAUGUUAGUUCUGUAAGCGGUCUUGCCACAUUGCCUCAAAGCACGGAUGAGGGAUCUGCCAUUGCUGGGACAAGUGCUAGUUUUAACUAUGGCCAGAGAGAAAGAAUGACCUGGCACUCUACACAAAGUUACAUGGAACCCCUAGAGUUUGACCCAACUCCAUCAAGCACAGUCAGGUGCAAGACAGUCCGGGGUAAAAGGCAGAGGAUGUCCUUCGCUUGCCCAGAUUGUGGUAAAGUCUUUGGAAGAGAACAGGGGCUAUUGUUUCACAUGCGCACCCAUUCUACAGAGAGGCCAUACGCGUACCGCAAACGCAAGGCAUGCUUCUAUGGUGACCGUAUACGAAAGAGAAAACUGCAUGGCCUCUCCAUGUUGUCAAGAGAAAGAAGCGAUGAUCAUUUGGAUGGCUCUGAGCAGGCGAACGUGGGUAGUCCAUUAGCCGAACAUCCAGAUCAAGAACAAGAGCCAGACCAUUUAUCUUCUAACAGUGACCAAGCCAACGAAGAUGAAGGCCCCCCAAAAGCUCCACCCAUCCCUGUGCAACGGAAGGGAGGUGUGACAAAGAAGAAGCCUCGUUGCCCAAUAUGCAGACAGAAAUUCAAACGACGCAGUGACUUAGACCUGCACUUGAAGAGCCAUGUAGAAGCAAAGCAGGCCGUCCUAUCAGGACCAGAAGAACAAAAGAAAAAAGGGACAAGAAGGACGAGGAAGGCUAAAGACGCAGUUCAAAGCUUAUUCCCUUGUCCGAAGUGUGACAGAGUCUUUCCUCGCUCAUUUGGGUUAUACUGUCACAUGAGGACACAUGGGGUGCCUCCAAAAAAUUUAAAAAGUAAACCGCUCAAGAAGAAAGUGCCGGACCAGAUUGAGCAGACUGAAAAAGAAACAAGGAGAUUGACCAGAAAGUGCAAGAAGUCAUAUCCUUGCCCACAUUGUGAUAAAGUGUUUUUAGUUAAAGGGUGGCUGAAGCCACAUGUUCGAGUUCAACACUGUGAAAUUAAGACAAGCAGUCACUUUGAAGUUGAUCCUUGCAUCGGUCGGACGAGGUCACAGAAGAUGGUAACCAAGAAAUUUAUGGUCAAAAAAGGAAUGCAAGGAUUUGGCUCCUACCACUGUCCAUCUUGUAAUAAAGCCUAUUCUUCUAUGGCUUGGCUGAGUAGACACAUGUCCUACCAUCAAGGAGAAAAUCCUGCUGCUCUCGAACAAGAGUCAAAAACUGAUGACAGAGAGAGCAAUGAAGGAAACACCAAUAAAAAGCAUCCAAGGGAAAAUGCACCUGAAGAAUCUGCAGGUGAAGAAACAACGGACAGAUUGGAAAACCUCAAAACCAGUCAAGCCCAGUCUGCACUGCAAGUCCCAGAAACUGAGCAGCCUGUCAGUGCUGCCACCUGCAACAAGACUGUUCAAAACAAUCAAUUUGAGUCUGUCAGCAUUUGCAACUUAAGUUUGCAGCCCAGGAUUGUACUAAAACCAUUAUCCAUCCCACAACGAACAUACUGGAGUACAACUCCUAAUGUAGAUGACUUUAAAUCAGGCAGUUCUGAAAGGUGUAGCUUUAAUCCUGCACAAACCUCAUCCUCAGCGUCAGUUAAUAAUGAAAUGGAAGAGCAGACCGUUAUGGAAGAGCAAACCGUUAUGGAAGAGCCGACUUUGGAUCAUUGCUCAGAGCCAGUGGUAUCUUGUGGACACAGCAACCAGAAUGAGGUUGAAACAAUCUACAGUGUUAUACCCGAGACCGAUAUUGUCUCUGUGACCGUUGAUCUUCCAAAGAAAGACUUUCGAUCAGGAUUUAUAAACCAGGAACCCUUCAUAGUAAUAGAUGAUGAAACGGAGGAGUCAGUGACCCAAACCAAUACAAAUGCAAGCUUAAAAUUGAUCGGGUCAGAGCUAAUAACUACUGCUGAAAAUGCCCUAAAAGAACCUAGAGGAACUAAACUCCUCAUCUCUGCUGAGGAGUUAACGGUCAAGAAACGGAGUACAGUUUCAGAGUCUGUGUUUAACAAAACCACUUGUGGGGUCACAAAGAAAGACUGCAGCCCAGAAGUGUUUGAUCUUGAUCUUGUCUUUUCAGACGAUGAAGAUGACAUGGAUGAUGCACCUUCCAAAGUUUUUAAUGAAAAGGAAACUAUAGCACUUGAUGAUAAUCGCUCCAGCAAAUGUCUCCCAAAUGACUCUCGAUCAGCAUUAAAGAAACAGGUGCCAUUGAUAGUAAUAGAUGAUGAACCAGAGCCAUUAGUAACCCAAGCAAGCACUAUUGCAAGCUUGAAAUUGACCAGUUCAGAGCUCAUGACUGCUGCUGAAAACCCCCCAGGGGAAUCUGGGGAAACUAAGCGCAAUUGUAAAGAGAUUGAGAUCUGUAACCCAAAAUCAACUAAUCUUGUCAUCUCAGAUGGUAAAGAUGCCAUGAAAGAUGCAUCAAGUCCUUUCACAGGUUCUGAUGAAAAGAAAACUGUCCUGCUUGAUGAAAAUCAUUCCUGUGUUUGGCAUCUAAAUGGCUCACAAAUAAAUGCUAAUGAUGCCACAUGUUCUCAUAUCAAAAGUAUUGACAAUACCUCACAAAAAACUGAUUCGAUAUGUGCUGGUCAAGCAUCUCUGUUGCAGCACAUGCAAGUUGACAAGAAGCUACUAAACAUACAGAAUGACACUGGCGAUGAUGGACCAAAUAUGGGAUCAAGUGUAAACACUCAGAUUCUAAAAUCUCAUGGAGAUGAUUCAGAAAAAUCUGAAAUCUCAGGGACAACUGACCCUUCAGUAAAAAAUGUGAAAACCAAUGAGUCAUUUGUAAAAGGUUUGGAGGACUUUGACAUAACCUCAAACUCCCUCAUAACCAGCCAAAGCUUUGAAGGCAGCUGCAAAAAUCCAGAGAGCAGUACAGAACAAGAAAAAGUAGAUAGAUUGUAUGGUGGAAGGGCAUGUGAAGCACAUUCAGAAUCAGACAGUCCAGCUCUGAGUGUUUUUGAACCCUCAAGAUCUUCUGAACUAGACUCUUGCAACAGCGAUGCACCAAAAACCAAUUAUCCAGAAACGGAAGAACAUCCUGUCUUCAACAUUGACAGUAAUGCACCUCAACAAGGUCCAGAUGUAGACUCCACAAGUCCACUUAUUCCAGAUUCUUGCCAAUCUAAUCCUUCCCAUCUGGAAUCAGUAGUUGCUUCCAUACCAAACACAAACAGGAGUACACCAAGCCCUAAUGCCCAAGCUGUGGAGAUAUUAGAACCACUAAUACAAGUCAAAGAAAGAAGGGAUGUAGAUCAGUCUCUCAUCAUUUCGGACAGUGGUUGUGCCGUUCUUCAGGGGUCCUCGGGAGAACACACAGAUCAACUUAAACCUGACAGAAACAUAGAUGAUUCUUGUGUUUCAAACAUCAGUUGCUCUGACAUAAAACAAAUCAUUGAUCAAGUGUCUGAUUGUUGUUUUCAUGGUACUGGGUUUUGUGAGGAACCCUACAUAUCCUUAAGGCCAGAAGAAAGGUUUUCUUCUGGUGCAGUUUCCUCAGAUUCUUCCUCAUCACAGAAUUUGGAAUCAAAAAGCACUCACAGUUCUUCUCUAAUGGGGAAUACAGAUUUGGCUGGUGAUGUUACACCACAAACCCAAGGUUUAGAUGUAGAAAGAAGUCUCUUUAUUGGCUCGGGGAGGUGUGAUGUGAAACCUAGUACAAACCCAGAUAGCUGUAACACUGAUCACACCCAUAGUGCCCAACCUGAUAGGAUUGAAAGUCCAGGCCCUAUUACAGACCCAGAUAGCUGUAACACUGAUCACACCCAUAGUGCCCAACCUGAUAGGAUUGAAAGUCCAGUUCCUAUUACAGACCCAGAUAGCUGUAACACUGAUCAAAGCUGUAAUGCCCAACCUGAUGGGAUUGAAAGUCCGGGCCCUAUUACAGACCCAGAUAGCCGUAACACUGAUCAAAGCUAUGUUGGCCCACUUGAAAGGGUUGAAAGUCCAGACCCUGACAAUCAGCUGAGUGCAUAUUCAGAACUAAACCCAAAUCUGCAGGACAUCAAACCCAGAGCAUUGGGUCAAAUAUUUUACCCUAAAUCCAACGAUUUCCACCUCAGAGAAGACUCUUGCAUUGUGGCUGAGGAGGAUAGCGAUGAGGCUGUUGAAGCUCAGCGCAUCUCUGCCACAUUGGUCACCGGCAAGCACAAGAGAAAAAGAGUUGAGCAGAAUAUCAGUUUGAAAGAGUCGUCAAAGAAAUGCCAUACAAGUACUCAGCCUCAGGUUGAUUCCCCGUUUUAUUUUUUCUGAUGAUGCCCUUUAGUGUAAUUCGGCUGAUGUCCUGCUGUAAUUAUGUGUAUAUUAAAGAAAGUAUUGUAUGUUCAUUUUUGGUACUGUUCUCAAGUUAAAACAUGUUUAAAACAUUAAAUUGCU